GUUCCCAGGCCUUACUUUUUCUUACUGUAGUCACUGUUCAUCCAUAAACAUAAGAAAGACAUAGUGAGGCAGCAAAGAAAGAAAUGGGCGUACAGUUAAGAAAAAGUAAGGCCUGGUUUGGGAAAUCGCGUGAUCCACAAGGAUUUUUAUGAACGUGGGCAAUAUGUAGCCCACAAUCGUGACGUAAGGUAUUCUCCCACGCAUUCAGAGUAAGACUGUACUGUACUGUACUGCACUGAGACAACCACCAAGCUGUGCUGCAAGUCAGAUCAGAGAACCAGCGUGGCCAGCUCUGGUGGCAGUAGCUACCUGCUAUAUGAUAAUGAUGACUAAGCUAUUCUACUAUAGCAUGUAGAAAGACACAAGAAAAGGUAAUAGUGAUAGAAUCUAAACACACAAUCUAGACUAGUAGAUCAUCUAGCUAAGCCUAAGGUAUAGCUAGCUCUAUAGUGCUUGCAAACUUCCAGUUCCAAGUCCAUGUCCAGCUUGCUGCAGGCAAAGUUUUAUUAGUCGUAGACCUCUGCGUGGGCAGUCCAACAUCUCUAGCUCAGUAUGCCCACGCUCAUUUUCACCCUUCUACCACCCUUCUACCCUCACGCGACUUCCCGAUACAGGCUCUCCUUUUUCCUAACUCUACGUCUAUUUCUUUCUUUAUUCCUCCAAUUAAUACCGUAUUUUAUCUCAUUGAACGCAUAAUACAGUAUUUUAUCUUAUUGAACGAUUGUGAUAAAGAACAGAAAAAGGAGAGCCUGUGUAGAGGCUAGCUACGCCCCUGGAGCACAUCCAUUGGAGUGGUCCUACUAGCUAGCACGGUGCACUGGACACAAUGGACCAACACUCUAACUCAGGGGAAAGGUACAGGACACCUCAACGAAUUGUGUGACUCUGUUGUCACUCAGUCCAGUGUCUGCUGUGUCAGCAAGUACCGUUUCAGCUCAGAUUGAGAACAUACUCCAUGACUCUGUGCACGACAUGCUACGUGGGUGAACUGCAACAAGUCACAAACGUGGGAUCUUUUAGCCUCGAUCUCAGGCCGCACUGAAGAUGAGGUUGAUGAGGCCAUACCACUAUCUAUGAUGAGGCCUAGCAUAUGCCAUUACCUACUCAGCGUGAAUGUGAUCUGCUGCCAGCAUGUGCCAGUCCAGUGGCUGUGCUAUAGGAUAAGAAUGGAUGAAUGCAUGAAAGGAUGGAGGCACUACUGUUCAAGCUGUGCUUCAUGGAUACUCCAUUUGGUGACAACCCUCUAGCCAUAGUCAGUGCUCAGUACAGCAUUCCUGAAGACUCUCCCUACACACAAGACCUGCACAACUUGAGAGCGUAUCUGUUGACCUCUGACCCUGAGCUGCGUCCCAGUAUCUGGCAAGUGUGUGUGGUGGUGUCCAGGAUCACAGGAACCACCAACCAUGUCACUAAUGUCUUUCGUUCCCCUGGUCCACCCAAUCCCCUCCUUUCUCCGAAAAAAACGUCCUGUUGCUAAGAAACCAACAAACCAAUCAAAACCAUCCGUGACUAUCACCCCCAUCAACGCUAUGAGGGCUAUUGCCACAGCGGUUACCACGACAACCAUUUCAUCUCGAGAUCGACCUCGCGGAAGAGGUAGCGGGUCUAAGUCGCCGCGGCAACAACGAGUAUCGAACCUGAAGCCGUCCAAUCAGAAUGCAGGAUUCCAUAAGAGCGUAGACAGUGGACUGGAUGCUUUUGGUCAUGUCCCGUUCACUCCACAAAGAAUAGGAUCAGAGACCAACCUGACCACAGUGACUGGCAGUCCAUUUCCUACAGAUGACUUUGGUAGCACUUCAUUUGACGGACGUUCCUCUACCCCUCCCACUCAUAAUACUGCUGACAAUGCAAGACGAGAUUUGUUUGGAGCACCUCCAUUUGGAGAGGGUUUAAAGGUUACGAAGACAAUGACAACUGUAGAUCAAUUUGGAGCGGUUCCUUUUAGCUGAAUUUAAAUAUUUAUUUUUCUGUGUGUUUAGUAUAAGUGUUGUUUUGUGUGUAGUAGGAUCACAUGACUCGACUAUUGACUGUUUGCAUAUAAUUAUUAUAAAUGGAUUUUUAUGUUCAGUGCUUUUACUUGAUAUGCAAUUGCAAUCAGAUUGCAAUAAUUAUCUUGUUGAAAGAAGGUCAAAAAAAUGUUUGCUUUGUUUACUGAGAAAGGGGCGGUCGGAAUGUGACACCUCUGAAA